AUGGCGUUUCAAAUGCUCGCGCGGUCGAAGCUCGUUUUAACCGUCAUCUCAGCCCUGUCUGCGUGUGGAACUGCAGGACUGACCAUCGCAGCAAGACUGAUACAGGCCAACUUCACUGUACUUGUGCUGGAGGCUGGAGGCUUCCCGGACAGCUAUGGUCUGCCCUACGACUCCCCAGCCUUGACAGGAGAUUUAGUCAGCACACCACUCGACUGGAACUUCUCUUCGCUCGCGAUACCUGGUCUCAAUGACCGCGUCCUCAAGCAGCAUCGUGGUCACGCCCUUGGAGGAACCAGCUCGAUCAACGGCCUCACUUACGGACGAGGCAGCGCUUCUGUUUACAACAACUGGGAAGCCCUGGGCAACCCUGGUUGGGGAUGGGACGACAUUGAGGAGUACUUCGAAAGAACUUGGAAAUUUCCAGCGCCCACCAAUACCAGCGCCUACAGGACAUACGAUGCUUCGCUGUACACCAGUGCUGCUGGGCAGGGUAUUCUUGGCUACACCAACUAUAACCCUCCAUCUAUCUCUGCUUUCGUCGAGAAUCUUCCUUCGAUCGGCAUCCCCAUCGCAACAGACCUGAACUCUGGUGACAAUAUUGGCGGAAAGCACGAAGUCAGCACUCUCAAUCCGGCUACCCAGACCAGAGUAUCAAGUUACAUCGCUUUCUGGGAUCUUCUGUCUGCCAGCCCAAAUUUCGAAGCCGUCACUUUCGCAGUUGUGGAGAAGAUCCUCUUUCAGACGCCCAGCGCGUCCUCGACACCUGUGGCGUAUGGAGUGGAAUACACGGUGACCGCGAGCGACGGGACAACAUCCACGCAGACAGCAUAUGCUGACAAGGAGGUCAUCCUGUCAGCCGGUACACUGCAGACACCACAAGUGCUGAUGCUAUCGGGUAUUGGACCGCGCGCAACAUUGAAGUCCCUUGAUAUUCCGGUGGUGUACGAGAACGAGUGGGUGGGCAAGAACCUCCGCGAUGCAACCUCCUUCUCCAUGGUAGUGAAAGUGGCCGACGAGGCAUCCACCAACAAGUUCCAGCAGAGCAUGUCCGAACAACAGGCUGCAGAAAUGGCGAAGACGAGCGAUCCGACCAGUGACACCAACCCGCUCAACACAGACGACGGAAACACCGGACCGGCAUUCUCGUUCGCAAAGCUCAAUGCGUCAGACUUGGAAGCGGUAGGAGCUUCGUACCUGCUCGCCAACCAAUCCGACCAGGCACAUUACGAAAUCAUCUUGUGGACGUCGCUGUACCCCUUGCCCAAGAACCUUCCCACAUUGGACAACUACUACGACUUCUCCAACCUGGCCGAAGAAUCCUACGUCUCGCUCGCAUCCUACAUGUUGGUCCCGACGACUGGCGGCAACGUCAGCAUCAACUCGAAGGACGCCUCGGCCAAUCCUCUGAUCAAUUUACCGUUCUACGAGGCCGACUGCGACAUGAACAUCCAAGUCCUAGUCCUCAAACGACUUCGGACGCUGAUCGCUCAGCCUUCUUUUGCGCAAUAUACCGUCGGUCCAGCUAAUGGUGAACUCGUGCCGGGACCAAGUGUCCAAAGCGACGAAGACAUUAUCAACUUCAUUCGUGAGACCACCGUGUCGACCGACCACCAGUCCGGAACAGCGAGAAUGAGCCCGCUCGACGAUGAGGGUGUCGUCAGCCCAACGCUGGAGGUCUAUGGCGUCCAGGGUCUACGUGUGGUCGACGCUUCGAUCAUGCCUGUUUUCGCGGACCAGCAUCCGAGUGCGGCUGUAUAUAUGAUUGCCGAGAAGGCGGCGCAGAUGAUUGCGGAUGAGUAUGGGCAUACUAUUCAACUAUAAUGAGGGCACGACCUGAAUGGAGAGCCAAUCGAUGAUGUAUCCCUGGUGCAGUAAUCAUGGGCAUCGUCUGAACGAACAGUACAUCUGGGACAAAUAUGGAAGAGCUUGCAAAAGGACGAGAUAUAACAUAUUAUAUUGUAAUAAGGUCAGGAGCAAUCUGGG